AGUCCUCCCCGGAUGUUGACCUCUGUGUGUGUUGUCAGCCUGACAGAGCGGUCAGCUGUUGCUGUAGCUGACAACAUGUCAACAUGUCGCCGUGAACUAACCGGUGAAUAAACACGGUGGACGGUAACGGUCGGGUUUAACGGCAGAAUGGAGACUUUCAAUAAGCUAACCAGCAUGCUGCUGCACGCGCUGGAGACGAGGGAGCCCACGGUGGAUCUGAUGGACUCUUUUGUGGAUCACUGGAAAUCCAUAACCAAUUAUUACAUCUCCACAACAGAUGACAAUCGUCCGGUCAAACAGACAGACAUCCCCUGGCACCUCAAACAGAUGUUGGACAUCCUGGUGUACGAGGAGAGGGAACAGGGUGUGGAGCAGACCGGACCGUGUGUGGAGUACCUGCUGCAGCACAAACUGUUGGAGACUCUGUGCACUCUGGGGAAAGCUCAGUAUCCUCCCGGUAUGGUGCAGCAGGUCUUGGUGUUCUUCACUCAGCUGCUGUCUCAGAUGCAGAAGCCUCUGCUGGAGCUGGUCAGCGUCUACAAACCAGUUCAGAAGCUGAUCCGUCUCUGUGCCCUACCCGCCUCCAAGUCUGAGAAGGAGGAGGCUCAGUUCUUACUCGUCGUCUGCUCCAAAAUCAAACAGGACCCACACACGCUCAGAUACAUCCUGGAGAUUAUCAACCAACCAGCAGCCAAGACCCCAGCCUCUGACCAAUCACAGCCUCACACACAAGCCUCUAAUCACACAACGGAGCAACCAACGCCUUCCAGCCAAUCAGAGUCACCCAGCUGCAGCGCCGUCCAAUCAGAGAGCGGUCUGCUGUCGGUUUUGAUGCAGCUUCAAAAAAGUCCGAGGGCGACCGUGUCCCUGAAGGCCCACGAGAGUCUGCUGCUGCUGUGCGGUCUGCAGUCCACGUCUUCAGGGGAGAUGCUGCGUGAUCAGACCCAGCUGGGAGAGCUGCUGGCGGGGAGGCUGCAGGAACUUUACUCCCUGCUGCCUCUGGAGGGUCUGGAUCCUGGAGAGGUGCGGAGCUGGCCUCAGACUGCUUGGAGCUCUCAGUUCAGCUCUGAUCCCAAAUCAGCGUCUCCUGCCUCUGAUCACAUGACCAACUUCUUCUCCUGGUUGGACUUCCUGGAUCAGCUGACGAGAGACGCCCCUCAGGUAUUAGCAUUGAAGCUAGCUCAGUGUUUUAAUCAGCUCUGGUUGUUGGAUGUAGUUCAGCCUCAACUGCAGCACACGUCUGAGCAGGUGGUCCUCGUCUCCACCUCCCUCCUCUGCGCUGUCGUCCGACUCAUCCAGUCCUCGUUCCUGCUUGAUCAGCUGGUCCACUUCCUGCUGAGGACACCCACGCUGACACACCUGCUGCUGCAGCGCUGCGACCACAUUUCGGACCAGAUCAGUAUGGCGUCUUUGUGUCUGAUGGAGGAGUUACUACAGAAGCCUCACAGGGACAUUUUGGACGUCCUGGUGUUGAAUUUUCUGGAAAGUCGUGGUUACCUGUCGGCGUCUACUUCAGGUGGGGAGGAGAGACACGCUGAGAGCAGCGAGGCCAACGAGGAUAGCGAUGAUCUGGAGGAGGACCCGUUCUUCUCUGACAGCUUGUUGUCAUCAGACAGUCAGCUGCUCCCCUCUCCUUUCUCCUCCUCUUCCUCCUCCUCCUCUGCUCUCCCUUCUCCCUCUGGACCGGGCUCACCUGCUGAUGUUGUCAACAGUUUUCUGUGUUUAGUUCCUGUUCAGGUUCGAUCGGCUCAGCUGCUGCAGGAAGGAGGAUACGAGUCUUACGUCCAUGAUGCUCACACACUGGUAACAGAUUGUGAGUCUCUCUCUCAGUCGUGGGAUUGGCCGCUCAGCCUUCCUCCGGCUCCUCCCUCGUCCUCUGGUGAGGUGGAGGACUUCUUCGAGGGUCAGCUGCUCGGAGUUCUUUUUGACCGUCUGGGCCGCGUGUUGGAGCAACCGUACGAGUUGAACCUCCAGCUGACGGCCGUUCUGUCCCGCCUGUCGUCCUUCAACCACCCGCUGCUGCACGAGUACCUGCUCAACCCCUACAUACACCUGUCUCACUGCUCCAGGUCACUCUUCUCUGUCCUUAUCAGGUUGAUGGGAGAGUUGAUGCAGAGGAUCCAGCAUGUUUCCAACCUGACAGACCGACUGCUGAAUGCCAGGAGACACCUGCUGGGACUGGAACACAACACUGGACUGGAGCACCAGACCCUGCUCAGAGGAAUCAUCGUGCUCGAGGAGUUCUGCAAGGAGCUCGCCGCCAUCACCUUCGUCAAACUGCCUCUGGAGCAGCAGUGACUCACCUGGACCAGCUUGAACUGGAGCGUGUUUACAGGUGCAGACCGGUACAUGUGGUCUCGGCUGUGAGGACACACACUGACGGAGCAGUCAGCUGAAAAAGAUACACGAUAAAGAACUGGAGCUGCUUGGUCCACCUUGACUCUUAAAAAUCAUUUGGGUGACGCCGGAUUGAAGCGUCUGAGGCGACCCUGAACGCCUCAUUGUCUCUGCCUUAAUGACACCACAGCCUUAACUGUCUGUUUUAGUUAUUUAUUGUAGUUUUUUUAUUAUAGUUAAAUCAUGAGAGAUGACCCGAGUAGAAAAACAAACAUGUUUUAUUCAAAGCAGAGAUGUGACUGUGGCUGAAUGGUCACAUUAUUGAUCUAAUUUAGAAGUAAAUCAAUGAAAUGAAGCUCUAAAAGCCAAAUAUUAAUAUAAAAAUAAAGUCUCCUUAAAGGUGACAUAUCACGCUUCUUUCAUCAAUAUAUAUUGGUCUAAGAGGUCCCCAAAACAUGUCUUUAAAGUUUAUGCUCAAAAAAACACUUUGAAAUCAGAUUUUGGUCUGCCUGAAAAGCCCUCUUCUUCAGUCCUCCUCAGAACAGUCUGUUUUCUCUCUGACCACGCCCCCUCAGGAAGUGGGUGUGGCCUCGGCUAUCCAGCACGUUGAUCUAAUGUUUACAUGUUGGCUGAAUAUACACGGCUGCUCAGAGAUCGCGUUACUUCAACCCUCUGAAUCUGAUCCAGAAUCUGAUCCUGACGGAGAGGCGCCUGCAGCAGGACCUUUCUACAGCUACAACAUGUAGCUAUGUGGCUAUGCUAACUAGCGCUAGCAAUUAUCCAUGGCAAAUAAAAAUCAUCCACUAGAUCUUCAAAUCUGCAGACGUGGGGAGUAAAACCGACCUCUGACAGAAAGCCAGUGGGACCUUUCUGAAGGAUUGGUCACAGAUUUAGUGUUUCUAGUUGUUUUAUUUGUCAGUAUGUCGACGUGUGUCUUGGUACACAGCUACAGCUACAGCUACGAACAUGUAGCUAUGCUAACUAGCGCUAGCACUUUUCCAUGGAAAAUAAAAAUCAUCCACUAGAUCUUCAAAUCUGCAGACGUGGGGAGUAAAACCGACCUUUGUGUUUAUUAAGACAGCCUACAACUAGCAUGCCUCCCUCCUAAGCUCCUUGUUAGCACACAUGUGUGCAGGGAAUGAAAAACGGAGGAGGGGUUGAGUUGUAUUUUAUACAGUCUAUGGGCUGAACAAGCUCUGAGCUCUGACUUCCUGUUACAGACCGGAUGGCGUUGUGACGUAUGAAAAACACUGAAGUCUGAAACGGCUGGUUUCAGCACACAUUUACAGAAAGGUGGAGAAAUCAGAACAGGGGCAGAAUGGAUUCUUUUCAUUCUCUGGGGUUUGUAGACAGGGACACAUAUUUCAGGUAGAGAACCAUUAAAAAGUCCAUUUUGCAUGAUAUGUCACCUUUAACUGAAAUAUCAGCCAGAGAUAAUCAUCCUCCGUGAGUUGGUGAAGCUCUGACUCAGGUGUGAGGAGCAGGUAGAGAUAAGAUGUGACUAACAGGAGCAUACAAAGAGUGGAGCUUUUAAAGGAUUGGGAAAUCUCCCUCUGUCACCUCGACGGCGAGUUUCAAGUCGCAUCUUCUUCCAGCGAAAGUGAUUCCACCAAAGUGCGUCAGUCGGCUGCAAAACGAACUCAUAGCCCAGCGCUGGAUUCAAUCUCACGACCUGUCGACUCCGUUUGGUCGCUGACUGCUGCGAACAACAAGCUCCUUCAACCGUGACUCGGAGAGCACCGAGCUGAACUACCGCCCUGACUCUGUGACGCUCUCACCGCUGACCUCUCCUCUCUUCCGUUUAAAAGUCUGUUACAUCUCCUUUAAUGUGAAAGUUUGGAUUCUACACUCUCGUAGACGGCUUGAAGGAGGUGGAGGAGUUUUAAUCCCAAAGAUGAACGAAUGAAUGUGACAUCAUUGGGUCUGCUUUAUCGUCUCUGCCUUAAGAAACUGGUCUCAGUCAAACUGUGUUGGUGCCUCUGGACAGGUGAUGUAAAACCCAAGGAUGAAGUUUCCCUAGGGGCCUGAUGAGCAGACUCUAAAGUUAUUUAUACGCAGCAUUAAAGCUUCAUGACUUCAUGGAGAGUUGAAACCAUAAAGACACUUUGUAAACUUUGAGUGUUUAAACAAAGUUAAGAGAUUUUGAAACACACACACACACACACACACACACACAUGAGGAUAUGACUAAGCUUUUGUGUUUUAUGUUUUCUUUUAAAUAAAAAAUAAUAUAUUUAUGAUGUUUACCUCGCCUGCUGAUUGUCUGAAAUGUGCCAAAACCCUCUGAAUGUGUCUCACUUUACCCUGAAAAUAAACAGAUUAUUGAUCAUGUAUCGACUUUGAAUGAACGGACGUGCUGAGAAUCUGUUUGUUGAACUCUUCCUUCAGUUUAAAGAAGUAAUGAACUUUUUGCUCGUGUGUUUUUUUUUGAAUAUGAUCAUUUUAAAGAAGUGUGUGACAUGUGACUCAAGCAAACUGUGUUUCUGUCUGUUUUUUAUUUGGUGUUUUUUUCAUGUAAAACAGACUCAAAGCUGAGAGCGAUGUCACUGUUGCAGUUUGGAUUUUUCUGUUUUUGCAGUGUGGCGAAAUGUUCAAUAAACACUUGUAAGUUA